AUGGAUGCUGGAGAUAGAGGGCCGUUAGCGAAACGGCAACGUCGCUCCCAUCAUAAAGAGCGCCCUUUGGAGCUAUGCUACUGCGCAAGGUGCAAGGGACAGGUGAAACAGAAGGUAGCAACUAUCAACGAUCACCGACUUCGCUACCCACACCCCAUCAAAAACCUGCCGGCACAACCCCUAGGCGUGGAUGAAACAGUCAUUGUACCGCAAUAUUUAGAACCGGUGCGCUCUGGCAUUAUACCCGAUGAACAGGGCCUUGAUCAACAAUCGUUUCGCGGCUCUCUCGAGCCACAAUCACCUACACCCAGUGGCGCUGGUCAGGCAAGAGAUUGUGCUUCACCAAACCCUCCUCUAUUGCCUCGCAUCCUUGACAACUAUCGACCGCCAGUCCCGCUAGGUGACCCAGAGAGGCUAAAUGACCCAGAAGAGGGGAUCGAACCUGGUCUCUUGGCCGCAGCGGAGGAGUUGGAACGUGUGUAUGACUUCAAUGAACUGAUCGACAAUUCAGGCAACCUUGACAACAAUCACCCGGAUUACCUGUUCGAAAACGCGCUCGAUGAUACUGACUUUGGACUUCCGGAUGUUCAAGAGCAAGAUACUGGAGUUCUACCUCGAUUCGACUUUGCAGGUAGUAUUGAGCCCGAGGAUCCCGAAGAGCCUGAAGAGCCUGGAUGCGGUCUUGAUGAUAUUGAUGAGCCGAACAAUUUUUGUGCCGCGUUUAGAGAGCCGGCUUUGAUUCGCAAUGCAUAUAUUGAUGCAUUUGUCCAAAAGACACUAUAUAGAGCGACUCACCAGGCAUUAACACAUCAACUAAAGGCUUCUCGGCGAACCAUUUCAUCGCAUCCUGAUAUUACGAUUGACCAUAUUAAUGGUAUGGCCCAGACUAUUACAACAGUGGAGCGUCGACUGGGUGUUAACACCGGCGAGAUCAUAACAACUUUCACAUUGUGUCCUGUAUGCAAACGACGAUAUUCACCCGAGUACAUCAAAGAAACAGAUGAUCACCACUGUCUAAAUGACGAAUGCGAUGGUGUACUUUUUGUAUAUCAUAGGCUUGCUUCCGGAGUUUGUCGUAAGGUUUCUAAGCUUACUUACCCUUACGCAUCGCCUAUUCCAUGGCUGCGUCAUAUAUUUAGCCUUCCUGGGAUGUCAGAGUUGAUGCAAACUUGGCGGUCUGGAGACGAUGAUCAUGGAAUUAAACCCCCAGUUUCCAACGAAGAUUGGAUGCGCAACCUCAAUCACAAUAAGGAGCUGGGGAAUAUCACGGAAGGAUGGGGUUGGCGAUCUACCAUGGCAGGGCUCCAGCAAGUUCAAGACCCCGACACUCGCAAUGUCAUUGACGAGAGCGGACCUGACCCACCUAUUCGAUUUGUUAGUCUUCCGUAUGGUAUAUCGUUCUCACUGAACACAGACUGGUUUCACGCGACCAAAGAAGGAAGCUAUUCGGUUGGGGCAUGUUACCUUGUAAUCAAUAAUUUACCUCGGCACAUGCGAUUCCUACGCGAGAACAUUUCAUUGUCGAUCGUAAUGCCCGGGCCUAAUGAGCCUAAUGAAUAUGCUCUUGACCAAAUGUUAGACCCGUUAAUCGAUGAUAUAUUGAGGCUCAAGCAAGGAGUACGUAUGUUGGUCAGACGAGGAGAUCCACCUGUAUAUGAAGAAGAAGUUGUAUAUGGCGAGCUCACUCAACAUAUUGCUGAUCUUAUUGCACGCAUAAAGAUGGGUGAAGGUGCGGGUGUUAAAUCAGAAGCAAACUUUUGCCUCUACUGUCGAUCACAUCUAUCUAAUCUCUCAGUGUUGGAGGGAUAUAUGCGUCAAGGCGGAAUGAAUUGGAUUGUUAAGCAAAUUUUAGUCGGCCCUGGAAUGAUUGUCAGGCGAGAGUUUGGCGGGCCGGAGCCGCAAGACAUCUUCAAUGACUGUCUGGAUCACAUGUGGAUGCCUAAGAAUUUCCAGCAAUUACCCCCCAAGCUUGGGCAAACUCGCACCUCAACUAAAGCCAAUCAAUGGAAAUUGACCGCUCGGGUCAUUUUUAUACCAUUGUAUCUUGCAUUCAGGGAUGGCGAUACAAUUCAGCCCAUAUUGGUGCCUCGAGGGAAUCGGAACUCACCGGGUGCCAAACACCAAGCAUACCGGGCCAAACUAUUACACCAGCAGCGCCAGAAGUACUACGCCUCAAUUGGUCAAGCCAAUCGGUGCCCUCGUUUAGAGGAAUGUUUUCCUUCGCGGAAUCUUCAAUUUCAUUACCGCCAGGUUCUGCGCUUCUGUUUGGCAACAUCCAUCUUAGACAAACGCAACAUUACCCCAGCAAACAUUUUGUUUGCGACUGGACUCCUUGAAACUAUGUGUAAGGACUACAUCACUCAUAAUAUACCGUUGUCUCCAAACUUUCACUACAUGAUGCACCUUGAAGAGUUUCUCCUCAAAACUGGAUCCGUUUACAACACCCAUGUAUGGGCUAUGGAACAUGCCAAUGGCGUAUUAUCCCGUAUAAAUCAUAAUGGGAAAGGAGGCGGAGUUCUUGAAGGAACGCUUAUGCGUGGUUGGUGGAGACAUAUGACGUUACAAAACCUGAUCAAGAGCUUACAAGCAUUGCCCAAUCGCACGCCAGAUGAUACAAGUGUAUUAAACGAUCUCCUUACGGCACUCAGAGGAGGAAACAAGCACGCUCAACAAAGGGGGACUCUAAUGGCCUUCAUCGCACAGUGCCAAACUGAGUACACUCAACAACAUGGAAUUGAAAAACCGAUUAGACUAUCGUCACAGUCGCGACUCAUUAACUUGGAGAAAGCCGGCCUUUACAAGACAGUUUUUGAGUUCUGCACCGCAAAAUGGCCCAAUGCAGGAAUUUUUGGGCCAAACGUCAUUGGUGUGCACUAUCUGGCCCCUCACGGCAUGGUUAGGAACCACAGCUAUGUUGAAUUCAAUGGGAUUCGCUAUGGGUCACACGAGCAUACAAGUGGCAAAGGUUAUUGUUACGCCUAUAUUGAUAAUCGGCAGGCAGUACGGAUUGAACGCAUCUUGGCUAUUGAAAUACCUGGAACCCGUUUUCGCGGUAUAUGUGUAUUAGUGCGCUUAUUUCAAGCACCAGAAGUUGAACCAGACUUCCCUUGGGCAGCAUGGUCAGAGAACCUUGGGGUGAAUAGCUGGGUCUUUGGAGCUUUGGGAGAGACUAUAACAAUAGAUGUUGCUCAACUCUCUGGGACAUUUGCUUUAUUUAUUGUCCCAACAAGUGGUCUCAGAUACUGGGUAUCAGUUGAACUAGAUAGCAUUGGAUUAGGGUACAGAUUAGACAAUGAGGAUGAGGAUGUGUGA